UCCAAUUCAGUUUUUAAAAUAUUUCAAUUCCCAUCGCAAAUUGAAUAUACCGUGGACGUUCAUUAUUAUUACCGUACAUGUACUCGAUGGAUGCAUUACCCCCAUGGGUGUCAUAGAGUUUUCUAUCACUUUGAGCGUUUUGUUCUGUCAAGGUGUAGCUUACGAAAACAUUGGAUUAAAUAAAUCAGCAUGGCAGCAGUUCCCCUACUAUGUUAAAGAAUGGGGGGCGGAACGUGCUGUGGACGGUUUGUAUUCAGACCUGUCUGCUUUUGGGGGGCAGUGUGUGAUAUCAGACGAUUUUAAAUCAACAGCUGAGUGGCGGCUGGACCUUGGAAGAAUACAUAUAAUACAUCAUAUCGUUAUCCAUUACAGAACGGAACAUAUAGAUUCGGAUAUCAACGUGUAUGCAUCGAGAUUUUUGGGAUUUUCGGUUUUCGUAUCAAACACGACUGACAAAGAAGAUGGAAUACUUUGCUUCAUGGACAUGAACUACACGAUAGAAACAAUACCUAACCCGAUAAACAUAACAUGUCCAAACCAGGAAAGCGGAAGAUACGUCAUAUAUUACAACAACAGAACGCAUCCUCCUUAUCCCGAUGGUUUUUCUAAUUAUGCUCAUAACGAGCUUUGUGAGAUGAAAGUGUUUUCUUGUCCCUAUGGGUUCUUUGGAAAAGAUUGCACAGACAAAUGUAACUACACGUGUAAUGGAUGUAAUGAUGUUGAUGGUUCCUGUGACUCUGGUUGUCACCCUGGAUGGUUUGGGAACUAUUGUAAUAAAGCUUGUGCUAUAGGUACUUACGGUAUCGAAUGUAGGGAAACUUGUGGAAACUGUCGUGACGUUAACCAAUGUAUAAAUAAUAAUGGGACGUGCUUAGGAGGAUGUAAAGAUGGCUUUCAGGGAAUCUUGUGCAAAUCACCUUGCCGACAAGGAUUCUUUGGGAAAAACUGUUCUUAUACAUGUAUCAAAACAUGUAAUGGAUGCAACAACGUCAAUGGUUUGUGUGAUUCUGGUUGUCUCUUGGGAUGGAGGGGAUAUUUCUGCAGUGAACUCUACGAAUGUACUCCAAAAGGAUAUUUUGGAUCCAACUGUAGCAUCCCCUGUCCAGAUGUCAAUUGUCAGGAGUGUCACAUGGAGUCUGGCAUCUGUCAUAUUUGUAAACAGGGCUACAAAGGUCAACGAUGUGAAACUGUUUCAGAACUGGCAGACAUUAUAAAUGGUAUAAAGUUCUACAGUCUUCUCGGCGCCUUUUGUCUAUCUCUUACUGUCAUUGGAAUACUAAUUGUUUAUAAUACAAUGAUACGGAAGAGACAGCUAACACAGCAUCAACCAUCUGAUCUUCAAGGGUCACGUGAUGUCAACCUUCCCAAUGUCUCUAGAGACUAUGAUAAUUGUGAAGAGCUAAGGGAAUUACGAAGAUCUGAAAUAUACGAUACAAUUCAGUAACUGAUAAUAUAUUGUUCCUAGCUUUUUGUCAACUUUUCUUACAUUAGA